GCAGUGACGUCAGUUCAGUAACUGGUUUUACCUGUUGAAUCAGAGAUGUAGCAAAGGCUAAAGCGUUUUUACAGCGCUCUUCAACAACUACACUUAAAGAAUUGUGUGUCAAAUACAUGGAUUUUCAUACAUAAUGAAGAAGUUCAUUAUUUUCUUCAUCUGCGUACCUUUGGUUUACUCAGAGUUACACAGGUUUAUGACCACAUACACUGAAAUAAACGGACAGACGGCUGCAGGAACUCCAGAGUUUUCUGCUGUAACGACACUGGAUGAUCAUCAGAUCGAUUAUUAUGACAGUAACAUAAAGAAGCUGAUUCUCAAACAAGACUGGAUGAAGAAGUUUGCUUCUACACACACGUGGAAGGAAUACAUUGAUAUCAGAGAAAAACAACAGCAGAUCUACAAAAUCAACAUUGAUGUUCUAAUGGAAACAUUCACUCAGUCACACGGUCUUCAUACGUAUCAGAGGAUGUAUGGCUGUGAUUGGGAUGAUGAGACUGGAGAUUCACAUGGGUUUGAUCAGUACGGUUAUGAUGGAGAGGAUUUCAUCUCACUGGACCUGAAGGAGAACAGAUACACUGCGUCUGUACCACAGGCCCAUCCUACAGUCAUGAAGUGGAAUAAUGACAGAACACAACUUAGAUAUCUGAAAGAAUACUACGAUCGUGUGUGUGUUUACUGGCUGAAGGAGUUCUUGCAUGUGUCUAAAGCUACAGAUCCUCCUGAAGUGUCUCUGCUGCAGAAGAACCCAGACUAUUAUACAUGUCACGCCACAGGCUUUCUCUUCAGAAACACAAGCAUCUCAUGGAGAAAGAAUGGAAAAGCUCUGAGCGAUUCUAGGAACUUGGUGUUUGGAGACACACUACCAAAUGGGGACGGGACCUUCCAGAGGAGACUUACCCUCUAUGUCAAUCCUGACAUUCAUGAGGAUCAGUACAGCUGUGUGGUCGAGCACAAGAGUUUGACUGAGACAAUCCAGAAGAGUAUGACUGUGAAUAAGACCAAGAGGAGCAGAUCUGCAUCAGAUGCUUCAUAUAUCAUAUAUCCGGCUCUAGUCAUCAUCACAGUUAUUGUUGGACUGAUUGGACUGUGUGUACUUAGGAAACACUGGAAGAAACUCAAAGCUUACAGCAAGAAGAGGAUCAUCUAUUUCAAAACUAAACAUGCACCGGGUCAGGACUCUCAGGACUCUCUUCUCUCCACUCGCUCUUAUGAAAGUACACCCCCUCCAGAAGUCAGUUAUGCGGCUCCUCAUGAUUCCUUCUCAGAGAUAAACAUGAUCAAUUUCCAGCACCUUCCUUUUCACAGUUCCUCACCGGUGGACGGAUCUUCCCAACCCUUCCUGACAACUGAGUUCUUUUAUAAAGUCCAAGAAACAUCUAAAGACCCUUAA